UUGAAUUUAUGUGAACAAUAGGUUUCUUUAUUUUAAGAUUCAGUGGUGUUAAAUUAACAUCAGUAAUAUUGAUUUUAAACGUUUGUUCAGUUGGGCGAACUACGUACAUGAUAAUUGAUAACUAUUUUGUAUUUAUUAUGAUUUUGUACUAUAUAUAGCAUCAAUAUUCACUAUAUUAUUGUCUAUAUUGAAAUAAUUACUGGAAAUACCCUUAUUAAUGGUCUGUGUUAUCCUGUAUUACCGUGAUGGCGAUUGACGACUAUUUUUGUUUAUAUUUUUGCUGUUGUACCUAAAUAUACUCCGUUUCAAAAGACAACAUACCGGUCGGCGACCAAUUUAUGUCCAGCUGCGUGCAUCCCCCACCAAUUUCCCAUUGUUAGCGUGAUCACGUGGUUUUCGACGCACUAAUCGAAUCAUUCGAUAUGCGUGAAAGCGGUGUUUUAACGGCGUUUAAUUUUCAAAUGCUCAUCAUCUACAAUCCGAGAGUGAAGUCGUUCCAUUUAUCUCCUCGUUGAUUUUAAGUUUUUUUAAGUAUUAGUAUAAUCUAGUUGCCAGUUGGUCAUAAUCGUAAAACUGUUAAUACUACUACUUUAAUACAGUCCGAUACUCCGAUUUAUAAUGUCCGAUUUCAGCCUAGUUUACCAGUCUUUGUUUCCUGGAAAUGAUAAUGAACAUUCGGAUUCUGAAGAUAUUUCAACAUAUUCAGUUGAUUGUACCAAUGUUCAAAAUUCAUCAUCCACUGCAUCAGAAUUAAUAAAUUUUACACCACCUACAACAUCUACUUGUUCUGUAACAAACGAUACUACUAAACGUUAUUCACCUUAUUCAACACCAACAUUAACUAUCUCUGCGGUUUCUACAAGCUCGAAUAAUCACCCAAAAUAUGGUACAUAUCAGCCCAUGGAUUGGACAAAUGAGACAAUAUUACAACUACUGCAUACGAGUAAUGAUGGGCGGUAUGUUUUAGCAGAUUCUGUUUCAAAUAAAGGUCGAUUAUCUGAUGAUGGCCAAAAUACACUAACAAAGUUAUUAAUUAACUUUUUAUUUCAAGAUAAAUGCAAAGGUACUGACUUCUUUUUCAAGAAAAUUGCUAAGCUCAUUGUAGAAGUAUUUCCUCAAGAGAAAGAGAGAGUUUAUUUCAUAGCUGCUAAAACUGAAGGUAACCACCAAACCCACGCUAAGGGCAAACUAGUCGAACGCUGGAAAAAUGUAGCUAGACGCCUUCGUAGUAUUGGUGCAAUUGAAUUUUAUAGAAAAAAAAGUGUUCCUCCAUUAGAAAAACAAUCUGUAUUUUCUGAUGAUCUAACAUUGGCUAAAUUAUGGCUUCAAGAAGAAGGACUAUCGGCAGACUUUAAAUCUGUAAAAGAAAAGUGGAUUUUAACAUAUGAUUUGAGGAGAUCAGAAAUACUUAAUUCAGAUACCAAACUUACUUUGUGUGAUAUAUUUAAAAGUUGGCCUAUUCUCAAAAGCCCGAGAGGAUAUGAAUUGGUAUGCGAAGAUUUUAAUGCAUUAUAUCCUUUGCAAAAAGAGUUGUUUCAGAAUUGGAACACUUUUUAUGAAAAGUGGAUUUUAGUAACCGAUAAACUUGUAAAUAUCAGAAGAACGUCAAUUAAAGAUAAAAUUGCUAAAGAUUUGAUUAAACAAUUAGAUAAUUCUCAACAGUCAAACUGGAAAGUUAGUAUUGUUUUGAAAUUACAACUUGUACCCUAUCUAUUACCAACUAAAACAUUGAUAAGAUCUUCUGACCCUAAAAGUAUCAAAAAGAAUUGGAAACCAUCAUCAGGAGAGUCUGCAGCUGCUUUUAUCACACAUAUUGCUAACAUAUCUCAAUUAGAGACUGAUGUAGCACAAAGAAGAGAAAAAUAUCUGCAUAUUGGCAGUCAAAUCCAACCGUACAUCAUAGUAGUGGGAAAGGAUAUAUUUUCCAUUGAUGAAACAUAUAUUCGUGUGGACAACCAACUAUGGAAUUUUAGCUGCCCACUAAAAGCAUUUGAUUCAUGUUUCAAAGCAUACUUCACAUUCAACUGCGUAUAUCCCCGUGAGUGUUAUGAAUCUUGGAUGUUUUUCCAACACCAUUUAUACGGUUUAAAAACAGAUUAUGAUUUAAUGACAGCUGUACUUUCGUCCAUUAAUGACCAAUUUAUUUAAAUUCAUAAGUA